UGCUGGGAGCGGGAGCCUUGGCCGGCCGGUCCAUGGCCAGGGUAGCUCGUGUCCCGACUGGCAUCAUGCGGAUCCUCUUCCUGGCCGUGCUGCGGGCGCACACCGGCAACGCCGUGACGGCCGCGCGGAUCCGGGAUCAUCUAGAAGCCGUAGGUCACACGUGUAUCCUGCAAGAUGCCCUUGACUUUGAAAGCCCCUCUGCACUAGCCAGCCUAAUCAGCGCUGAGAAGUUUGAGGCAGCCCUGGCCCUUCAUCUGUAUAGAGGAGGCAGACUUUUACAAGGCCAAAAAAUACCUUUUGGAAUCAUCUUCGGAGGAACAGAUAUAAAUGAAGAUAUUAACCAUGGAGAAAAGAAGCAGAUAAUGGGUACUGUUCUAGAAGAAGCCAGAUUUGCCGUGGCUUUUACAGAGUCAAUGAAGGAAAUGGCACUAACUAAGUGGCCACAUGCUAAGGGUAAAAUCCAUGUCCAGAACCAAGGAAUUUCAACCAUGCCAAAUGUCACCUUUAACUGGAACACAUUUCUACAAAGUGCAGAGAUCAACCAAAGUGCUGAUAAUUUGCACAUAUUUAUUUUGAUAUGUGGACUUAGGCGAGUCAAAGAUCCUCUUUAUUUGGUGGAUGCCUUUUCAGAAUGGCACCAAGAAGAACCCAAUGUUUACAUGGUUAUUGUGGGACCUGAAGUUGAUCCAGUGUUUACAAGUGAAGUGAAAGCCAGAGUGAAAAGGGCAGCUGGGGUACAAUUGAUGGGGGAGAUGCCUCAAGAAGAUCUUCACGCCAUUGUGAAAAAUUGCUUCGCUGUCGUGAAUACCUCUGUUUCAGAAGGAAUGUCAGCUGCAGUUCUGGAGGCAAUGGACCUGGAAGUCCCCGUGUUGGCAAGAAAUAUUCCUGGCAAUGCGGCCAUUGUUAAGCAUGAAGAGACAGGAUUAUUGUUCUCCCAUCCUCAGGAAUUUGUUCAGCUGGCCAAAAGACUGGUCAAUGAUCCUGUGUUAGAAAAGAAAAUUGUGACAAAAGGAAAAGAAUAUGCAAGAUUGUGCCAUUCAUGGAAAUCUGAAAGAGACACCUAUCAAAAUCUUAUGCGGAAACUUCAAUGAAUCACCGAGCAUUCGGAAAAUGUGCAUGGCAUUCAUCAUGUGUCACUUCAAAUCAGUUAUAAACAACCCAUGUAAUACCCGUGGGUAUUACAUCCAGACCCGGUUUUAGGGCAGUGGGGUCCACUUCAGUAAAAUCCGACAGGUUUCACUGGAAUCUUAGAGGGAGCCGGAUGUUCAGUGAUGGAAUGGUCACUCAAACCCUGAAGUUAGAAAUCCAUCCAGUACUUUACAAUUGUCCUGUCAAGUAACAUCCCCAGUGAAUUGUAUCAACCAAUUGUGAUGAAGGUUCAGAAGCUAAUUUCUGGGAAAUUGGUUUUAUGGGGAACUGGGGUUCAAAGAAUCUAUCCCAGAGGAGCAUACCUAUAGUUUUCAGGCAUUCAAACCUCUAGUGCACACAUAUUCAACACCAAUCCCCUCCUCUGCCCAUCCAUACAUCUUUUUUUUUUUUUUAAUUUGUGGAAUAAAGCAAGACUUUCUAUAACUCACUACAAUAAAAAAGAUGGUUGCAGAUGAAACUGCAAAUCUACUAUGCACAACUUGCUAUUCCUUUCAAAUAUACAACAAAAUUAUUGCAUAUAUUUCUUUUUUAAAAAAUUCCUCACCCCUUACCCUAGAGAUAGCUACCAUUAGCUUGGCGAAUAGUCAACAACAUUUUAUAAAAUGGGAAAGAAAACCUCAAGGGAAAAAUGUCCUUUAUGUUCUUUUUUGUAAAGUGAAUUAAAUACAUAUUUUGACAUUUAAAUCUUAGGAAUGUAGAUACCAGGCAUAUGAAGUGUUGGAUAUAAAGGCUGGCAAUCUAUGGGUUGGUUUGUACUUAGUGUUUUAAAGACCUUUGGGUGGAAUUCCUGCACUAAAGUUCUGCUCUGAUACCCCCUUGUGGCAUGGGAGGGGACCUUGGGAUUGGUCUAUGGAUCAGCCCAGCUUCAGAGAGGCCCAUCAGAUUGACUUCAGGAUGAUGCAUUUUUUGGCUGGCACAGUCACAAGGACCAUCUGCUAAAUCUUGGAGGGGGUGUGAUCUGUCCCUGGGGAGGGAGUACCCCUACCCAUGAAAUGCCAGAUCCUGGAAUCAUUGAAGUCAGCUACACUGAAAACAGUGAUAUAAAAUGGUUUAUUGCCCAGGCAUGUAGUCACUCAUCAGUUAUGUAAUUAAAAGAUGCUGACUGGAGUCUGGAGGAAAGCAGCAGAACUCAGAAUAGUUGGCUUGUUCCAGUUUGAGGAGGUGAGGAGGAUUAAGCCUAGCUUGGAAAGAGGCCAUAUGAUCUGGAGUACCCCCGAGUCAACCUUAGUCUGGAAGAGGCUGGUCUGGGGUAUGCCAGGCUCAUUUCCCCUUACCCUCCUCCCCCUGCUUCAAGAGCAAGAAGGCUGAGAGUUAUCUGAUGCCAAUUGAGAACAUCCCUCCACCCUCCAUCCUCCCAUGGCAGACUUGGGGUCUGUGUUGGCAAGAGAACCAUUGAUUCUUUGUUACGUGCACUGUUCAAUUUAACCUUUUAAUUGUGCUGUACAGUAUAUGUUAAGGAUAGGAAGUGGACUUGUGAUUUCGUUGCUCUCGAGACUUCCCAAGGGCAGAAAUUACCCCUAUAGCCAAUUCAUGUGGAAACAGCUAUGUACUUUAAUGUUAGAGAGAUGAGAGGUUGUGACCAGCUCAAGGUCAAAGCCAGUUGUCAGAGGGAGGACGCGAACCCUAGUCUUUCUGGUUUAGUCAUUGUUUCCUGUCCAUUACACCACACUGCCUCUUGCAUUAAUUAAUACACAUUAAUCCCUUGUAGCAAUGUUCACUUAACCAGCAGCUAUGAACAAUUAGUAUCCACAAAGUGCUUUUCAUAUAUUAGCUCACUUAGUCGUCACAACAACCCUGUGAAGUGAGUGUGUUAUUACCCCAUUUUACAGAUUAGAUGACUGAGGCUGAAAGAAUUAGGUGACUUGUUCAAGGUCAUGCAAAUAGUAUCUGAGGCAGGAUUCAAACUUAGGUCUUCCCAAGUUCAUAAUUCCCAUCUCCUACCUGCCUCUGAAUUUGUCUUGAAAAAAUCCCUUUUGUGGGUAGCAGUCUGUUUAUUUUUCAUGGGUGUGCUGUCACCCAGUAAGGAAGGGGGAAGGAGCAAACCAAUUGAUUGGAACCCAUGAUAUAGGCACUCAAGCGCUUCAUGUAAAAAGGGAGAGUAAAGCAGGCAAAUGUUAUCUGGGGCCACCCUCCUCCCAUUUGAGAAAAUCCUAUAUUUAAAGAGGUUUUACUGCUGUGGUGCCUGCCAGGGGUGAUCAGAGCUAGCUGUACUUUUAGAUGCACAUUAAGCUAUUUUGGACCCAAUGCUUUCCAGUCUUUCUAUUUUUAAAAUAAUGGGUUAAAACUGUAUCUGUUGUGAAAUUUUAAAAAUUGAUCUCAAAGUCAACAAAUUCUGGUAACAGCUUUUGACAGACCUCUCAGCCCUUCCGUGUAACAUUCCACCAUCUUUAUCUCAGGUGUUUCUUCUGAACACAGGCCCAUUUCCCAAAGGCCUUUGUGGGUGAGUCACUGGGGGGAGGGACGCGCGCCGCCCCCCCCCCCUUCUCCAGAACUGAAAACAGCUGCUAAGAGCCUUUGGUGGAAGGCUGUGCAGCAAUCUGCUUUGUCUAAGGGACUAAAGGGCUUGAGAAGCCAUAGCUGGGCCCAGAGAUAGGACAGCAGAGCCCAGCAGCUGGAUUCAGGCAGGGAGUGUCCAGCGUCUCCAAUAAACUGUGAAUGCAGCUGAAUCUGCCUUGAGCAAAAUGGCCCCAAAAGGAGGGACCACUGUAUCUUGUGUUCAUUUCUCUACUGUCAAAUGUUGCUGCUAUUAUAAAAUGCCGAUUUUUCGGAAACCUGGCUCAGUCUUUCAUUGAACGGCAUUAAAAAGGCCAGAGUUCCCUGUUGUUAACUUAUGCUUUUAUUUUCAAAAUGUACACUAGAGUCCUUUGGUAAAGGGACAUAUUUUUAAGACAAUAAAAAA